AUGUCGUCCGGAUUGCAUGCCCAGCCAGCCAAGCCUAAAUUGAUUGAUUUUUUAAACCUAUCUAUUAAGCUGGACGAAUAUCUCGGUAAUUCGGUGCUUCGGUCCGGAGAGACCACGCGGUACUUGGGGUACGUGGUCGGAACCGGUGAACUCCACCAUCGUAACUGGGCGCUUAGGAUUCGGCGGCUCCAGCGGAUAUUGGUAACAGCUUCGACGAUUACAACAAGUGUGGCCAAUUGGGUGGUCGUUCUCAAUGCUAUCGUUUUACCGUCGAUCCUAUUCACGGCAGCGGUGUUCGAGAUGCCCGAAUGGGCCCGCAAGGACGUCCAUAAUCUCUAUAAACAAUUCGUGUGGGCUCACGCGACCUCGACUGAAGCAAGUCGACAGGAGAUCAGUCCUGGUUUAUUGUACGCACCGAAACAGGCGGGUGGGGUCGGUCCAGCCUCAGUGGAGGUGGCUUAA